AUGGUUACAAGCGAUUCCCACCUCUCUAGAGCUCCUCCUUCACUCUUUCCAAUCUCAAUUCAAAAGUUCCAAAACUCUAAUCAUUAUCAAUCCUCCACAUUGAAAAUCACCCAACUCCAACCAAAACGAAAUGUGCCUCUCAUCCAACAUGAGCUUAACAUAAACCUUCAUGAAACACAACAACUUCAUGGUCACUUCAUCAAAACAUGUUUUAACAGCAGUUACAAAGUCCCUUUUUCUUCUCUUGAAUCCUAUUCUAGCAAUGCAGCGUUUUACAGCUUCCUAAUAACUUCUUACAUCAAGAACAACUGCCCCAAAGAUGCAGUGAAAAUCUAUUCCUAUAUGCGUGGAACAGACACUGAAGUGGACAAUUUUAUCAUACCAUCAGUUCUCAAAGCAUGUUGUCUUAUCCCUUCAACCUUGUUAGGAAAAGAGGUGCAUGGUUUUUUGGUGAAAAAAGGAUUUCAUGGAGAUGUUUUUGUGUGUAACGCUUUGGUCAUGAUGUAUAGUGAGGUUGGAAGCUUGGCAUCUGCACGCCUAUUAUUUGAUAAGAUCGAGAAUAAAGAUGUUGUUUCUUGGAGUACUAUGAUUAGGAACUACGAUAAGAGUGGGUUUCUUGAUGAAGCAUUGGACCUUAUGAGAGUUAUGCAUGUUAAGGGAGUAAAGCCUAGUAAAAUUGCACUGAUAAGCAUGAUUCAUGUUUUUGCAGAACUUGCUGAUUCGAAAUUGGGGAAAGCCUUGCAUGGAUAUGUGAUUAGGAAUGGUAAUUGUGGGAAAUCAGGAGUUCCUUUAAGUACUGCUUUAAUAGAUAUGUAUGCUAAGUGUACAAAUUUAGCAUAUGCAAGAAGGGUUUUUGAUGGUGUAUCUGGGGCUAGUAUCAUUUCAUGGACUACUAUGAUUGCAGCCUACAUUCAUUGCAAUAAUUUGAAUGAAGGGCAAAAAUUGUUUGUCAAAAUGCUAGGGGAGGGUGUGUUUCCAAAUGAGAUUACAAUCCUUAGUUUGGUCAAAGAAUGCGGCACCGCAGGAUCUCUAGGACUAGGGAAGUGGUUACAUGCUUUCACUUUAAGAAAUGGGUUUACCAUUUCUUUGGUUCUGGCCACUGCUUUUGUUGAUAUGUAUGGCAAAUGUGGCGAUGUAACAAGUGCGAGACAUGUUUUUGAUAGCAUCAAGAACAUAGAUUUAAUGAUGUGGAGUGCCAUGAUUUCAGCUUAUGCUCAAAACAAUUGUAUAGAUGAGGCAUUUGGUAUCUUUGUUCACAUGACUGGUUGUGGAAUUAGGCCAAAUGAGAUAACCAUGGUUACCCUCCUUGUGUUAUGUGCAAAAGCUGGAUCCCUUGAAAUGGGUAAGUGGAUCCAUUCUUACAUAGACAAGCAAGGAAUUAAAGGAGACAUGAUUCUUGAAACAUCUUUGGUUGACAUGUAUGCCAAGUGUGGAGACAUAGAUACAGCUCAUAGCCUAUUUGCUGCCGCAACCAACCGAGACGUUUCAAUGUGGAAUGCCAUGAUAUCAGGUUUUGCAAUGCAUGGUCAUGGGGAGGCAGCAUUGGAACUUCUUGAAGAAAUGGAAGCACUAGGGUUUAUCCCUAAUGACAUCACAUUUAUUGGAGCUCUUCAUGCUUGUAGUCAUUCUGGAUUGUUGCAAGAAGGGAAGAGUCUGUUUCAAAAAAUGGUUAAUGAUUUUGGUUUGGUACCAAAAAUUGAGCACUAUGGUUGUAUGGUGGAUCUCCUUGGUAGAGCUGGUUUGCUUAAUGAAGCAAAGGAACUAAUUGAGAACAUGCCAAUGAGGCCAAACAUUGCUGUAUUGGGAUCUCUCCUCGCUGCAUGCAAACUUCACAAAAAUAUCAAACUUGGAGAAUGGGUAGCAAAACAGUUUCUCUCAUUGGAACCCCACAAAUGUGGAUAUAAUGUUCUAAUGUCAAACAUAUAUGCAUCAGCAAAUAGAUGGGGUGAUGUUGCUUACAUAAGGAGAGCUAUGAAGGAUGUAGGAAUUAGUAAAGAACCAGGUGUUAGCUCCAUUCAAGUGAAUGGAAUAGUUCACGAAUUCAUAACGGGAGGCAGGGAACACUCAGAUACUAAAAAAAUCUAUGAAAUGAUUGAUGAGAUGAGAGAAAAACUUGAAGAUGCUGGAUACACCCCAGAUAUAUCUUCUGUUUUGUUGAACAUAGACAAUGAGGAGAAAGAAACUACACUCAACUAUCACAGUGAGAAACUGGCAAUGGCAUAUGGUCUAAUUAGCACAGCUCCUGGUGUUCCAAUUAGAAUUGUGAAGAAUCUUAGAAUUUGUGAUGAUUGUCAUAAUGCUACCAAGUUACUGUCCAAGAUUUAUGGGAGGGAGAUCAUAGUGAGGGACCGCAAUCGUUUUCAUCACUUCAAAGAAGGAUCAUGUUCUUGUUAUGAUUAUUGGUAA